UCCUCCUCACGAGCCCUAAAGUACUUAGCAUUCUACUUGCCUUGCAAGAAAAGGUACCAUUAGAGUAGGGUUUAGAGAAGAGUCCGCGUGUUGACUAGUGGGGAAGAGUUUGGUCGAAGGCGGUGCCGCUCAAAGAGCCGCAUUUCAGGGCUGGCUUCGCGAAAUAUCGAUCGAUCGCCUUCAAGAUCGCUGUAUUCCCGAUCCGAUCGAGCACUCUCCAGGUAGCGUCUAGAUUUUCGCCAGAGCUUCAGGGAUCGUCAUUCGAUUUGAAAUUUCGAGCUCGUCACGAUGCUGGCUCACAGGUCUAUUCCCUCGCCAUCACAUAACCUGAGCUGCGAGCCACUCUUUGAUACGUCGCCAAAGCACAUUCGACUUGGAUCGAACUAUCAUUUUCAGCGGAGGUGUGGGCUGUCAAGCGGGGCAAAGCAGGCGUUCGCCCUUUCUCGGCGAUCGAUAGAAGUUUGUUGCUCGAGUACCAGUAGUCCCGGAGUGCUUACUUCGGAGCAAGCAAGUGUUUACAACGAACCAGGAGACAAGCUAGGCGUGUUGCUGCUAAAUCUUGGUGGUCCAGAUAAGCUCGAGGAUGUUCAGCCGUUUCUUUACAACCUCUUUGCUGAUCCGGACAUUAUUCGACUGCCUCGACUUUUCCGUUUCCUGCAAAAGCCUCUUGCUCGACUUAUCUCAACACUGAGGGCGCCUAAAAGCAGUGAAGGUUAUGCUGCUAUUGGUGGAGGCUCGCCCUUGAGAAAAAUCACGGACGAGCAGGCUGCUGCUCUUGCAAAAGAAUUGGAACGGAAGGGAUUGCCAGCUAAAAUCUACGUUGGAAUGCGGUACUGGUAUCCUUUCACAGAAGAAGCUAUAGAUAAGGUCAAAGCCGAUGGGAUCAACAGACUUGUAAUUUUACCUUUAUAUCCACAAUUCUCAAUCUCCACCAGUGGUUCUAGCCUUCGCUUGCUAGAAAGCAUUUUCAGGCGAGACGAAUACCUUUUAAACAUGAAGCACACUGUGAUCCCUUCGUGGUAUCAUCGUAAGGGAUACGUGAAGUCCAUGUCAAACCUAAUCAAGAAUGAACUUUUGAAGUUCGAGAAGCCUGAAGAGGCACAUAUCUUCUUUAGUGCACACGGUGUGCCAGUCUCUUACGUGGAGAAAGCGGGAGAUCCCUACAAGGACGAAAUGGAGGAAUGCGUUGACUUCAUUAUGAAAGAUUUACGACAGGAAGGUGUCAUUUGCGAGCACACGCUUGCAUAUCAGAGCCGAGUUGGACCUGUAGAAUGGCUAAGACCAUACACAGAUCAGACCAUCAGAGAUCUGGGAGAAAGAGGCAUAAAAAGUCUUUUAGUUGUGCCAAUCAGUUUUGUCAGCGAGCACAUAGAAACGCUUGAGGAGAUCGACAUGGAGUAUAGGGAGCUAGCUGAAGAAUCCGGUAUUACGAAUUGGCGGCGUGUACCUGCACUCGGAUGCGAACCAACGUUUAUUGCUGACUUAGCUGAUGCCGUUAUUGAGUCUCUUCCGUUUGUUGGGCCUUUGAGUGCUCACCAGGUCUGUUCUUGAAGGCUUGUUCGUAACAUCUUUGUAAACAGUGAGGACUAGUUACUGAUAUGACGCCAUCUUUAGCGAGAUAUGAAAAGGUUUUCCCAGAGGCAAGUUGAGCUC